AUGUCAUAUAUGGCUCAAAUAGUAUUAUCAAUAGGUGUGAGUUUGUUUGUAGGAUUAUAUUCUUAUCAAUCCAGCUUAAUAUAUCCUGCAUCGUUGAAUGAUGGGCAUGGAUAUUGUGCAACUCCAGAUGAAUAUGGAAUGCCAGGUUAUGAAUUAGUGAACUUAAAAACAGAAGAUGGGGAAAAUUUACAAUGUUACCUGUUAAAGCAGAAUAAGGAAUCACCCACUUAUAGUAACAAGACGAUAGUAGUACUUUCGCCAAAUGCUGGUAAUAUUGGGCAUGCAUUGCCAAUUGUAUCGAUGUUUUAUUCAAAUUUCGGAUAUAACGUGUUCAUAUAUUCUUAUCGUGGAUAUGGCAAAUCUACAGGCAAGCCAUCAGAGAAGGGACUAAAGCUUGAUGCGCAAAGAAUAAUGCAAUAUUUGACAAUAGAAGAUGAACAGUAUCAACAAUCUUCUAUAGUAUUGUACGGAAGAUCGCUAGGAGGUGCCGUUGGUAUUUAUAUCGCUUCUACAAUGGCUCCACAUAUCAAGGGUAUUAUAUUGGAAAACACGUUUUUAUCAAUUAGGAAAACUGUUCCUCAUAUUUUUCCGAUGCUUAGAUAUCUUGCUGUGUUGAUUCAUCAAGUUUGGGAUCUGGAAAAAUUAGUCAGUACAAUUCCUUCCAACAUACCUCUCUUAAUGCUAAGUGCAAGAAAGGAUGAAAUUGUUCCGCCAGAGCAUAUGGAUCGGAUUUUUUCAUUAUCAAAAAGUGAUGAUAAAAUAAUGUACAAGUUUGAAAAUUCGCUGCAUAAUGAUACGGUUAUUCAGUCUGGGUAUUGGGAGAAGAUUCAUGACUUCGUCGAUAACAAAGUAAACACUGUUUCCCAUUAG